UUAUUUUCUAAACUCAUACCCAAACACCUUGUUAGUAACCCGAGAACACAGCAAAUAUUUACAAUCUAAAGUAAAACCCCAAAACCCUAAUCGUGCCACCACCUCUUCAAACCCCAGUCGGUCGUCAAAGCACAAACCAGAGUUUUGAAACUUUCAGAUGGCUGCAGAUGGUAUGGAAGAAACAAAUAAUAACAAAAUUGAAAGAGAAGCUCCUCAACUAGUUACUGCAUUAAAAGACAUAAAAGGUGGCGUUGAUGAUCUCAGAGCUAAAGUUCAACUGUUAACUUCAAAGGUAAAAUCAGGUCUUUAUCCAACAUCAGAUGGGAUCAGCUACCUUGAGGCUAAACAUUUGCUCCUUUUGAGUUACUGUCAGUCACUCGUAUAUUACUUGCUUCGCAAGGCGAACGGGCUUCCUAUUCAGGGGCAUCCUCUUGUUCACAGCCUUUUGGAGACACGAUUGUUUUUGGAGAAGAUACGCCCCAUCGAUAAGAAGUUGCAAUACCAAAUACAGAAACUAACGAGGCUAACUGGGAAUUCAGUGGAUGGUGUGGGCUCAGAUGACAAGAAGCCUCAUGAGCGAGAUGAUGCUUUGAAGCUUCGUCCGAACCCAGAAAUGCUUAUUGACAAAGUUGCCCCUGAUGAUAAUGAUGGCAAGUAUCGACCCCCAAAGAUUGCCCCUGCAUCAAUGGAUGAAAGUAAGACUUCAAAACAGGAGAGAAAUGUGUCAAGGAAAGAGAAACAAGCGUUCCGGCAAGCUCUGCAGAACGAGUAUACUAGAGAUUUAAUGAAUGAUCUCGAGGGAAGGCCUGAAGAGGUGAGGGAGGUUAUUGGAACCGAAGAUAGAGACGUGACCAGAUAUAGAGCAAAAAUGGAAGAACGUGCAAGGAGAGAAGAGGAGCUUUUCACCCGAGCGCCUCUUACAAGAAUGGAAAAAAAGCAGCACAAAAACAUGAUCAAACCAAGAAAUGGGCUGUCUGGUUUAGCUGAUGGUUUUAGCGAGGAUAUCAAAUCCUUACCUAUGGAGGAUGGUGUUGAUGGGCAAAAUUCAUCUUUCAUGGAUUUAGAAGGUGGAGAAAGGAAGUUCAAGAGGCGCAAGAGAAGACGUUAGGGAUGGUUAAGGCAUGAAGAAACGUGAAGCUGUGCUGUUCUAUGACAAGUGAGACUAUUUAUGGACCUCAAAAAACCAAAUGAUCAAACUUUUCUUCAUUUUUUGUUGCUGCAAUUGUUUUUUAUAUUAAUUAGCGAUUAAAAAGUUGAACGAUCGUAUUUGUUCUCUUCAUCGAUCGUAAUUUAGCCUAUAUAUAGAUAUCGUCAUUCUUUCGGACUAGUACAACCCAGUAUCCACACCUUUUUGCU